GAGAGGCAGGACAAGCAGCUCCACUCUGCGUGUUCAGCCCUCCGGACUCCUUCUUCCUCCUCCUCCUCCUCCUUCUCCUCCUCCUCCCGUGGCUUUCUGCCUGCUGAUGCUUACUGGAGGUGAAGCUGCGUUUCUCUUGCUUUCAUCCCGCUCAGGUGAUCAGUUGGUUACCAGACAAACCCUGAGUGAGACGGAGCGAUUCAGACCCAGAAGAGUCCACGGGAACACGGAGAGGGAAGCUGCAACUUCUCGGGAUCGUGUCCGCCGCUCGGAACUCAGAUUCUAUCGGAACCGGAGCGCCGUCUUCAUUUCAUCCAGACAUGGAUUUCCUGGACCUGCGGUUCUUCAACAGCUCCUUUUUCAACGAUAAUUUCACCGAUGACUUCAACAGGACAGAGACAGACGCCCUGCUGCCAGCGGGCUUCAGGGUCACCAUCGUGGUGGUCUACAUGAUUGUCUGCGUCUUCGGCCUGGUGGGGAAUUUCCUGGUCAUGUACGUCAUCAUCAGAUACACAAAGAUGAAAACAGCCACUAACAUCUACAUCUUUAACCUGGCCCUGGCCGACUCCCUGGCCCUGGCCACUAUGCCGUUUCAGGGCACCGAUGUUUUCCUGGGCUUUUGGCCUUUUGGAAACGCUCUCUGUAAGACUGUGGUGUCUUUCGACUACUACAACAUGUUCAUCAGCACCUUCACUCUGACGGUAAUGAGUAUGGACAGGUAUGUGGCCGUCUGCCACCCCGUCAAGGCGCUGGACAUGAGGACGCCCCACAAGGCCAAGGUGGUGAAUGUCUGCGUGUGGGUGUUGGCCUCUGCCGUUGGUGUCCCAGUAAUGGUGAUGGGAAAUGUGGAGGUGGUGGGGGAGGACAACAGUACUGAGUGCAUUUUGGUUUUCAAUGAACCAAAGGAUCAGUGGGAACCUAUUUUUGGCACCUGCGUCUUCCUCUUCUCCUUCCUCAUCCCCAUGGCCAUCAUCAGCAUCUGCUACAGCCUGAUGGUAAAACGCCUUCGAAAUGUUCGCAUCCUGUCCGGCUCCAAGGAAAAGGAUCGCAACCUGCGGCGCAUCACCAGGAUGGUCCUGGUGGUGGUGGCGGCGUUUGUCGUCUGCUGGACGCCCAUCCACAUCUUGGUCCUGGCUCAGUCCCUGGGCUUCAUUCUGAGGAGCAUGUACGCCGUGGUCAUGUUUCAUUUCUGCAUCGCUCUGGGCUACAUCAACAGUGGUCUGAAUCCCGUGCUCUACGCUUUUCUGGACGAAAACUUCAAGCGCUGCUUCCGUGAGUUCUGUCAGCCGUCUCCGUUCCGCCUUGACACCCAGCAGUCAGGCAGAAUGAGGAGCAUCGCCAGGGAGGUGGCAGCGGCCUACAGCUACAAGGGCGGGGACGGCGGGAGGCCCGGUGCGGGAACGGCGAAUCCAGCAUGACUAGGCGUGGAGCUUCCUUUGGUGGGGGUCGUCCCCACGCAGAGGGGAGAGACUCAUGGGACAGGGAACUCCAACACAGAGCUAACUCAGAUCACGGCUCUCUAGCGGCACGAGCCCUCCCGCCCCCCAACUCGCAGACUGGCAUGGGGCGGGGGGGAGGGGGACGAGGAAGAUGAGUUUGAAAGGAAAAGAAUUUAGGAAAGAUGUUACGAACACAACAUCUACAGGCUCAGAGAGCCUAAAAAUACCAACUGCUUCGAUGGGACAACUGCUGGAUGUUGUUGGUUUGAGGUGCUUGAGAUGGACGGAGCUCGGCUGUUGCCCAAACUGAGCAAAGUUACACCUGGUGGUGCAUUUUAAACAAACCUUAAGACGUUCUGCUUAAGGAGUCAACUUUGAUCACAAAACCAGUGUCAGUAUCUUAAGAUUUUGGUUCUUAGCUCAAACCUUCAUGGGCACACACUAAAGGAGUCUGCUGCUCCUCCACAUAACUGCCAAACCUACUGGUUAUAAACUCACAUUUUGAGAAAGCAUUUGAACAGCAGCAUUGGUAGCAGCUACGGACACCAAAUCUGUGAAACUAUCCAAGCACUGCUUUGGUUAUAGAGGAAAGUGAAACAGCGGCGGUUGAUGUGCAGAUCGGUUCUCGAGCAGUGAGAACCACAAACUGAAGGCUGCUAAAGAAAACUCUGGUCAAAAUGUGAAACGGAGUAUUCAUCACUACUGUGUGCUACAGCCUUCCAAGUUCAUGUUUGGUCUGAAGUACUUUCCAUCGUUAGUGUUGGAUGAAAGGCCUGCAGUGCUCUGCUGUCAUCAGCAGAAGGCCGUUGCUGUUAAGGUCUUACUAAGAGAUGUUUACGUUUUGUUGGGUCGUCCUGAGCUUUUAUCACACAGAUUUAUGACAUUGGAGUAAAUUAGAGGUUGGAUUAUAAAUGUGUUUUCCAGUGAAUUGGGUUAAUAUUAGAACAAAGUGAGGCUACUUAUUCUUGAACUGUUAGGUCACAUGAUUGCCAUUAGUUUUAUAAACCAAAUCUUUCAAGGUAUUUAGAAAAACAAAAGCCUUAGGAAUGUUGUUGUUUACCGAGUUUGAGAGUUUCUUUCUUUUUAUGACACAGCAGAGAAUAUAAAGUGCUUUGGGUGAAGGUUGGGUGGCCAGGUGUUGAUCUUACUGUGGACCUGCAUAGCUUUUAGAAAACUUAAGUUCUAAGGUUUACCUUGUGCUAUAUAGCAAUUGAUUUGGAACUGAUCCAUUGAAGUGGACAAAAUUUAGAGAAACAGCAACAAUCUGAAAAUUUGAUUUGCUAACCAUCCCAAAAACGUCCAACCAGUUGAUCCCCAAAUGACCCUGAAAACAUUUCAGCCAGAAAGAUAAAAAUGAGAUAGACGCUACGGCUGCAAUUUGGAAAAAAAUUCACAGUGUAUUAUUUUGUGUUUUCAAUGUUAAAGACAUAAAUUUUGAUAUCUAACAUUGCAAACAUUACCUGCUAUACUUCAGUCCAUGGAGACUGAUGUGGCCCUGGUCACCCUGAGGCAGAAAAUAAUCAACUAAAAGCAAAGACUGAGACUCAACUACAGAUUUGGGGUUGGAGCAAGGUUAUAAAUAGUUUUAUAUAUUUAUGUUAUUAUCCUCUAUGAAUCAGAGUAACUGACUGAGAUGAUUUUGCUGGGUCAAAUCUGAAUGGACUCAGAUUAUUACAGUGUCACAGGCAUGUGCUUUGCAAAUUAGAGCUGCAAUUGUGCAACAAACAAAUUAUAUUGUAUUCUGUUACCUGGAUUAAAAACAUGCUAUUUUUGUGGGGGAUUUUAUUUGACUAACCUGUUUUGUAAAUUAGAUUUAACAUUGGAUUCAGAAAUAUGGCGACUUAUUUGGAAUCGGCAUAAAAUAGGAAUGGUCAGAAUCUACAAGCCAAAACCUUUAAGAAAAUUGUUUAUAUUAGUUUUUAAGAAAAUCCAGAAAUUUACAGCACAAGGAUUUUUUUUAUUAUGUUCAUCUUCAACUUUAUGACUAGAUAAGACAAA